GCCAGUACGUCGCUGCGCGCCAGCCACGCUGGGUUGUGCGCGAUAACGAGCUGGCCAUUUAAAAUUACCACGACACCUGAUUUAAAAAAAUACGAAUGACAUCGCGCUUUUCGAAAUUCAAUUUUUAGUUCGAAAUUUAAAAUUUAGUGCAAAUUGUGCAUAAACAUAUGCAAGAUUUUGUGACUUUUAAAUGAGAUCGUUAUUCGUGUUUCUUUGAAAUAUUUUCAGGAAAAGAAGCCUAUCCACAAUGGAUUUGGAGUUCAGAAACCUCACCUAUACUGUGUACAGUCGCAUAACUAAAGGAGAUCAGAAACAGAUUGUAAAGGGUGUCAGUGGUAGAUUCCUGUCGGGACAGCUUGUUGCUAUCAUGGGUCCCUCGGGUGCCGGCAAAAGUUCACUGCUCAACGCUAUAUCAGGAUACAGAUCAGCUGGCGUCACAGGCGAGCUGCUGGUGAACGGGCAGGUGCGUGACGAGCGACAGUUCCAGAGGUCUUCUUGCUACAUCACGCAGGAAGAUCUGCUGCAGCCAUAUCUCUCGGUACGCGAGGCGCUGGACGUGGCCGCCAGUCUUAAGCUAUCGAAAGGUGUAAGCGCACCUUGCGAAGAAAUACUUCAAGAGUUGGGGCUGUUGGAACAUCAGCACACGAAGACUGAUCAGUUAUCAGGAGGACAGAAGAAAAGAUUGUCAAUAGCCUUGGAGUUGGUAAAUAAUCCCCCAGUGUUCUUCUUGGACGAGCCAACUAGCGGGCUAGAUACUGUUACUACAGUCCAAUGCGUCAAACUAUUGCGACAGCUUGCAAGACAGGGUAGAACAGUAGUGUGUACUAUACACCAACCUGCUGCCUCGCUUCUAGAACUCUUUGAUCAGGUAUAUGUGAUAGCUGAUGGUCUAUGCAUAUAUCAAGGAGACACAGAAGCGAUGGUUCCACAUUUACAAAGCGUUGGAUUACCGUGUCCUAGACAUUACAACCCAGCUGACUUCAUCAUCGAAGUAACAGAAAAUCCACAAAACAUAAUUAUACUAUCAGAACAAAUUCAUAACGGAAAGUUGUACAAAUCGUCAAAAUUGGAUAUCCCACCUAUCGAAACGUCUAACAAUUUGCAACUAAAAAUUUGUUACCAAGCAGAAGAUCAAAAUAGCGAAACAGAGAUCGUAUUAUCCAACCAAAAGUGUUACAACGCGAAUCAAUAUGAAGUUAGAAACUCUAUGACGUCACUAUCGAGCCAAGUAUCCAGAGACAACUCGUCAUUAGCCUGGAUGAAAGUACAAAAGUCCGAACUGGGGAGAUAUCCAACGACAUGUUUUGAACAAUUCUUGAUACUGCUGCGACGGAUGUUGAAACAAAUAUCAAGAAAUAGACAAGCUCUAUGGAUCCAGACGAUACACCACACGAUGUGCGGCGUGCUGAUAGGACUUUGCUUCUUCGACAUGGCCAACGACGGCACGCAAAUGUUCAAUCACUUGAAGAUGUGCGUCGGCCUCGUUAUAUUCUUCGCGUACACUCAAAUCAUGGUCCCAGUCUUAGUCUAUCCACAGGAAGUGAAACUUGUAAAGAAAGAACAUUUUAACGGCUGGUACAGUUUGUGUCCGUACUACGCCGCGUUAACGGUGUCCAAGCUGCCGGUACAAGUUACGUUGAACAUUGUCUUCUGUACCAUCGUGUACUUCAUGGUCGGUGUACCGUUCGGAGUGAUGCGGUUCAUCUGCUUCUGUCUCAUAGCUAACAUCGUCUCUCUCGCGUCUGAGGGCAUGGGGAUGGCUAUCGGAUCCGUCUUUAACGUUCAAAAUGGCUGUGCUAUCGGACCAACGGCGAUAGCUCCCUUCCUUGGUCUGGCUAUCUACGGCUUCGACUUCGCUCAUCGCAUCCCUCUGCUGAUGAACAUCCUCAUGAAGACCUCCUUCAUCAGGUGCGGCGUUGUCGCCAUGGUCCUCACAAUAUUCGGCUUCGGCAGAACACCACUAGAAUGCAAAGACAUGUAUUGUCACUUCGCGAAACCCGACGUCCUAUUAAAAUAUCUAGAUAUAGAGAAAACAUCAGUCUGGUUUGAAAUGAGCUUAAUAAUUCUGAUAAUGGUGAUUUUUAGGUUAUUAUGCUUCUUCGGUUUAAAAUGGCGAUUUGCAACAUGAUUGUAAUUUUUAAAUAUAGCUUUUUAAAACCAGUACAAACUGAUGUGAUAAAUUAAGACUCUUAAAUCUUUAACUCUAAAUAUAGGUAUUUCUAAACCAAUACGAUUUAGGGUUCUUAAUGUAGCGUACCCUUAUCGAAUUUCUAAAAUUGGACGGGUUUUAGCUAAGGGCUAGUUUUAGCCAAAGACGUAGGCUUUGAGACUAGUGACUGAUUUUAAAUAACAACCAACUAUUAAACAAUAGGUUUGGAAGACUUUUUUUUCAUUAUUGUUAAAUGCUAAUCAAACUUCAGAAUAUUGAACAACCUUUGUAUUUCACUCGGAUUUUGUAAUGUGAACAAUUUAUGAGUAGUAAUAUAUAUUUUUUAGAUAUGCAAUUUGUAAUCUCCGUAUUUAAACCAUUGCAAAAGUAAGCAUUACGGCUAACUCAAAUAAUUCAUUAUAUCAAAAAAAAAACGUUUUGAAAUAAAAGAAUACAUUUUUUACUAUUAGCCUUUUGAGCAUUGGCUGGCGAUGCUUUUAGUCAUAGAUAUUUUUGUCUGAAACAGUAACUACCAACGUACCUGAAUCGAUCUGUCGGGUAAUAAUUCGGCUUUAAAGUAUAAAAAAAAUAUUUAUCCAUAAAUUAUUAUAAUGAGGUGUAUAAUUUUAAGAUAUAUUUAAUUAAUUUCUUUACACAUUAGGUACUAAUUUUUAAUUAUUUCUUGAUUUUAACAUGACAUAGGAAUAAAUGAUUUCAUGGUGAUAUAAUAAAAAUGUAAGGGAUAACAUUUUGUUAAGACGAUCUAGUCUUUAAGGUUUUUUUUUUUUAAUCCAGGAUAAAAUUACUCUUUAUAACAAUAAUUAUAAAAGCAGACAGUAAUUUUUUAGUUCUGUUAUGUAGUCAAGAGAUGGUAAACUUUCUUUCGUACUUUUUGUAAUAAAAACCACAAUAUUA